UCCAACGAAGUGACUGCAGAGGCUGUCUGUUGGAACCAGGAUGUUUUUUUAUUGCAGCAGAGCGUCGCAUUAUGGGAGAGCACAUGGGCAUCGUUCACUGCAGGCCACUACACCAGUGUCCGCCAAAAGGUGAGAACACGACGCUCGUUUGAUGUCUUUCACCUAGGGGUCCAAAACGUUGGCUGCAUAACACCUCGUCGGCGAAUGCGGUCUGAUAUCGGAUCUACUUUGACCCGAUCCCCGUGUGUGUAGGUGUUUGCGGUCGUGCCUUCCUCUUAUAAGAGCACGACCUCACCCUCUCUCACCCACCUCACCCCACCUCGCCACGACGACCACCUUCCCACCUCUCCACCUCAACCUGUGAUCCGUUCGCAGCACUCCUUCUCAUGAAGAAACUUAUCAUGAGGUUACUUCUCUUCUCGGCCCUUGCGGCUCUUGUGACUGCCAAUUCCGGUGCCGACUUGGCUCCGCGCGCAAACGAUCGCGGACCUCCGCUUCCGUACGUCGACAGCAGCGGCGGCAAUCAGCUCGAGCAGCCUACCUCCGACGUAAAUGCCGGUGCCAAUAAGCCAUCAUGUGGAGUCAUGAGCGGCACCGUCAACGCGCGCACCAUUGGCUACUACCAAGCUCGGAACGUCCGCACGCGUCCUUGCGACCAGGUCUGGCCGAACCAGCUCAAUACCAAAGGUCUCACCCAUCUGAACCUUGUGUUUGCUACCAUUGAUCCCAAGACUUUCAAGAUUGGUCUCGACAACAAGGGUGAUGAUGAAAUUUAUCGGCAAUUCUUGAACCUUAAGAAGGACGGUCUGCAGUCUUGGUUUGGUGUCGGUGGAUGGCAUUCCAGCGGCAAUGAUAAGACUAGGCAUACCUGGACCGAGCUGGCUGCGUCCCCCGAAAAUAGGAAAGCCUUUGUCGAUUCCGCUGUUGACUUCCUGGAGCAUUAUGGCUUUCAAGGACUCGAUAUCGAUUGGGAGUGGCCUACUUCAGGCAACCAUGGUGGAUGUCCGGAGGAAAAAAAGAAUCAUGUUGCUCUCAUGAAAGAUCUCCGUAAAGCCUUCGGCACCAAGUACGGCCUGAGUUGUGUCCUGCCAUUAGAUGGCCACUAUCUCAAAGGGAUCGAUAUCGCACGCCUUGCGCAGCACGUGGAUUGGAUCAACAUCCUCACCUACGAUAUCCACGGAGCUUCGAAGGUUGAUGGUCCUGAAAAUGCACAUGUGCGAUCCCCUACUGAUGCUAAGGAAAUCGACGAAUUGCUCAGUGUAUACUGGGAUUCGGGUGUCGAUACAAAUAAGAUGAACUUCGGUGUCGCUUUGUACGCUCGUGGAUUCACACUCUCCGAUCGCAACUGUCAUGAUGUUGGGUGCAAAUUCUCUGCCGCCUCCCACGAAGGCGCUUGCACCAAGCAGGCAGGGAUGCUUAGCAACACAGAGCUCAAGCGACUCAUCAAGGAGAAGAACUUGCACCCUCAAAUGUUAGGCAAUGGCGCCGAUGCAAUGUCGGUGGUCUACGAAGAUCAGUGGUUCGGAUAUGACUCCCCGGAGACCAUCGAAAAGAAGAAGAUGCUUGCGAGCAAUCGUUGCAUGGGCGGAUCCGCUGUCUGGGCGCUUGACUUUGACUCCAGUGACGAGGGCGAACAGCUGCCAUGGCCUUCUCCUAGCUCUUCAAGUCAUUCAAAACUUUGCUCCACGGGUGGUGCAGGUCAGUCUUCUGCUUCUGAAAGGUCGUCUCAUUCUUGGGAGAGCAAUGUACCUACCCCGCCUUAUUCUCUCGUUCCGUCAUCAAUGUAUUCUUCGAUCUCGAGCAUUAAAGCUUCGUCGGGAUCAACUACAGAGGCAUCGACAAAGUCUGGAAGUUCAGCUCCAGCAACAAAGAGUAAACAAUCAAGCGCCGGGUCAUCAGCUCCCCAAAGCCAGAGUCAAACCCACAGCUCGUCUGCUCACUCUCAGUCUCAAGGCUCGUCAUCUGGAUCUUCCAAUCGUCAGCAACGUCGAACUGAAUCUUCUUCAGCCCCAUCACAGUCUCAGCCUUUUGAUCAACGUUCAACUGGAUCUUGGUUAUCGUGGAAAAUCUCCAGCAGUUCGUCUCCAGCCCCAUCGCAGUCGAAGCCUGAUGAUCAACGUUCAACUGAAUCCUGGAUAUCUUGGAAAACUUCCAGCAGUUCUUCGUCAGCCCCACCACCGUCACCGUCGAAUACUGGUGAUCAGCGCUCAACUGGAUCCUGGAUAUCAUGGAAAACGUCCAGCAGUUCUUCGUCAGCCCCACCACCGUCACCGUCGAAUUCUGGUGAUCAGCGUUCGACUGGAUCCUGGAUAUCAUGGAAAACUUCCAGCAGUUCUUCAGCCCCACCACCGUCCAAUUCUGGUGAUCAGCGUUCAACUGGAUCUUGGAUAUCUUGGAAAACUCCCAGCACUUCUUCAACAACAUCACCGCCGAAUACUGGUGAUCAGCGUUCGACUGGAUCCUGGAUAUCAUGGAAAACUUCCAGCAGUUCUUCAGCCCCACCACCGUCGAAUUCUGGUGAUCAACGUUCAACUGGAUCUUGGAUAUCAUGGAAAACAUCGAGUGGGCCUACAUCGACUUCAUCUUCAGAGAACCAACAGACAACUGGAGGAUCUGAGUCUCUGACUGCCAAUUUUCCAAUCCCAACUUUAUCUUGGAUGGGUCAGAAAAGUGAAUCUAGCUGGAGUCUGACCCCAGUUCAACCUCCGAGCAUGUCUAGUUGGAGCGGGUUCCCCAGCGUAACUGCUCCGAACCUCGGACCACAGCCCACGGCCCCACAGUAUGGAGGUGGAAACUACCAAGAACUCGGCUGGCGAAACAUCCCCCAAUGUGUGGACGGCAAGAAAAACGGGCGAUAUCUCACGAAGGAAUGCUGCGACGGCUGCUGGCACGACGAAAUUGCUGAAGACGGCAAAACUCGGCUGUUGAGGUGCACGAAAAAACAGCUGUUCGGGUGUGGUUGCGGACCAUUUGGCAUGUCAAUCCCUCCAUGCACAUGGCCCGAGAUUGAUUGGCCAAAAUUCGACAUCAAGAUUCACAUGCCAGAGAUUGCACCCAUUCUACCAUGUGGAAUUUUCGGCUGCGAUCCCAGUGAUCUGUUCGGCUGUGAUGGUUGCGGUCCAGGACCACUUGGUUUUGGCGGUUUCUGUUGGGGCCCUGGAUGCGACAAGCCAUGCCCUAAGAACUUGUGCCCAGAUGGUAAAGGUUGGAAAGUAGGGAAGCCGCCAAAGCCUAAGCCUGGAGAUCCUGAUCCAGAUACCAACAAUUGCGACAAGAAAGACGUGAAAACCAUCACCACAGCCGACGUUUCGUGUACUGAGUUCGUCACCGCGUCGAGUACCUCUGUCAUCUCCAUGACUUCGUCGACAUGCAUCACGCUGUUUUCAGCAGAACUCACAGGGUGCAACAUGCGCGGUGGGGGAACAUCGACCCAAACUGGAACAAAGACGAAGUCUGGCUCUUCGAUUGCCAUACCGACCCUCUCAUGGAAGAACGGCGAUGCCAUCGCUAUUCCUACUCUCUCUUGGAAGCCAAAGGUGGCGGCAUGUACCAGGGCACCCCUCAAUCUUGAUGAAGAAGAGGGAGACAAUGAGCUCAAGCGGAAUAUCACGAUCCCGACCUUAUCCUGGAUGCCCAAUAAUAAGAUCGCGAUACCAACUCUGUCGUGGAUGCCAUCUCAUGGAAGCUGUACGCGAUCGCCUUGCAAUCCCGACGAGAAUGAGGGUGAUAAUGAAGGUAUUACCAUUCCGACACUCUCAUGGCAGGCCGAAAAAGUGCCAGUGCCGACUCUCUCUUGGAAGCCCCAGCCGACCAAGUCCUCGUCAAGCCAAGCACCGCCCUCGUCAAGCCAAAAACCGCAAGGAACGCAGCAUCCUAUACCACGUGGUGGCAUGUGGACUGUCGAAUUAAAACAUGCUUUAGAUACAAAUAAGCAGCAGGGUGUAGUCCAAUGGGUCAUGAAAGAUUCCAACGGCUUCGAGGCGGGCAAGGGAUGGAACGGCGACGAACUCGUCUCUACCAGCGCCCCGUUACCCUUCGCGCCCGGGAUCUUUUGCAAGAAACUUGGAGACAAGGAGCUUGGAGAAAUCGAAUUUUUCUUACAUGCCCAGCUUCCGGGGGGUUGCGAGGUGUCUUGGACAACGGGCAACUUGAAAGACCCGUGGCAGAAGAAGCAAAUGUGUCCGUUCCAAGGCUAUGGAGAUGAUGCAAUUGGGUGCGACGACAUUUCCAAGGUCAAGUGGGAGCAGACCAUCCACGACGAACCGAAUUAUUGGGAACGCAACUUCAAAUGUUGGUUCCGCUAUAUGGGCCGUGGUAUCCGGGAGAAUCCCUGGACUUAUGACGCUUGAGAGUGCGGCGCACAAACAAAUGUAUAUCGGUCACCACAGCUGACCUAGAGUGAUGGAACAAAUGGUCGUAACGAGGUAUGGUAGGGCAAAGUCACCCAUCUUGAGCGGAGAUAUCCAAGGAUAUGUAGCGUACCCAAUGACCAAUGUAAUGAUGAACAUGGACCACAUCUUGCCUCAUUCCUUCUGCGUAAAAAUAUACCUCAAAACUAUCUUUACCAUUCUCUUUACAAAGACGACGUUAAGGCAGAUACAGGCCGCGUAUACGCGCUUUUUAAUUAUCGCGAUCGAUGAUGGCAUCAGCAUUCGACCAUCCAUCCGAAACCCAACCCAACAUAACCCUUCGCAGAUAACAAGCGUGCUCACACAUGUCAUGACCACGUGCACCCAAGAGAAAUCCUCCAAGGAAACAUUCUCAUCCGAAACAAAACCACUACCC